ACAAAACGAAUCCACCACCAAUGAGUCCCAUGACACCAAGUUUUAUCUUUAAAAUCCAACUAACCAAAAUUCUCCUCUCUCUACUUUUUCUCUUGUCGGUGAAUUUGGAUUUGUCUACUACUCCAUCCACCAUCAUAACACCACCUGCAACCUCCCUCUUUUCCUCCCCUCUCUCUCUCUCUCUCUCUCCGACAUAUUUAUUCUCUGUCAUAGUCUCUCUCUCUGGCGAAACCCAGAUCGAAAAAGUCGGUCAGUUCCUCAAAAAGUCAGUUUCUUUGGAGGGUUUCAAAAUCCUCCAUGGAGGGCGGCGGAGUAGCAGCUAACGUGGCAGUCUCCGGGACGACCACGAGGAAGAGAGAGAGACCUUACAAGGGUAUAAGGAUGAGGAAGUGGGGCAAAUGGGUUGCGGAGAUUCGUGAGCCUAACAAGCGCUCUAGGUUAUGGCUCGGCUCUUACUCCACCCCCGAGGCGGCUGCUCGAGCCUACGACACGGCGGUUUUCUACCUCAGAGGACCGACGGCGAGGCUCAACUUCCCGGAGCUUCUUACCGGAGAGAAAUUUACCGAGGAGGAUAUGUCGGCCGCGACGAUCAGGAAGAAAGCAACGGAGGUGGGUGCGCAGGUAGACGCUUUGGGCUCGGCGGUGCUAGAUAACCGCCACCGUGUUUUUGGUCAGGACCAAGAGAGUUGUGAUGAUAGCAAGAAUUUUCAUCGAAAUUAUCAAAACGGCGAUGGAGAAGAACAUGAGGACGCUGAAGACGAGAAGAGGUUGAAGAGUGGCGGGUGGUUAUUGGAACGGGUUGACUUGAAUAAACUACCCGACCCGGAGAGCUCCGAUGAAGACUGGGAGAGCAAAUAAUAAUAUUAAUAUAAUUGGAGCGGUGGCGUGCGUUAGCCUACCUCUGCGAAAAUCAUUAGCGCCGUUUAUGUUUUUUUUUUUUUGCAUUAAUUAUCUGAAAUUUUAGGGUUUCUAGCUGUUAUAUUUUUUGCUACUUUCUUGUCUUUUAUUACGUGUUUUGUGGUUUAUGGAAUUUUAGGCUAUUGCUUAAAGAAUGCAAAAUGUAUAUUACAACUCAUUAAUAUUAAUGAAAAUUCGCCUUGUUUCCUAUCA